UGUGUGUGUGUGUGUGUUUGUGGAGUAAAAUCACAAGUGUCUUUGUGUGAGUGAAUCACUAAAUGUUGAUGACGUGAAGAUGACGAGUUUGGAUGAAUCUCAGGAGAAUUUGCUGCUGUUCACAUGUCUCUUAUUAAUAUGAAAACCAAAUGCCAGGGAUGUAGGUUCAAUUUCUCAAUUUUAGUUGUCUUGCUAUUCGUUGAAUUGGACGACAGCAUCCACAGAAAUACCACUUGUUUUAAUUUGCUCUCCAGAACUUUGAUCCAUUUUCUGAGAAAAUAAAUUGUAAUUUUUAAUGUCAUGAUAUUUCUUUUUCCUUGUCUGUUUAUUUUUAUUUUUAUGUGCGAUGGUUCGUCUGGGAUUCAAACGCUUGUUCACUUUCAGCUGCGAUGGCCGUCGGUCUGGCGGCCAUCGGUUGGCUCAUCGUGAUGAUGCAAGCUGUCGACGCUUUGCGAUUAAAAAAAGAUUUUGUUGUGAGCAAGCCUGAAAAAAUCGAGAGCAUCAGUGAAUCCUGCGUCACUGUCCCGUGUGCAUUUGAAGUCAAAGGCACUCAGGACUUUGACUUCCUGUCCUGCUUGGAACACAGCGCCGUGUGGAAGAAAGGAUCAGCAACUGGUGUGGAUGUCGCACAAGGAGAAAUUGUUGGCGAUAUAAGGAAAAAGAACUGCACCACAAUAUUCAAUCCAUUCACGGAGACAGACAAGAACUUCUACUUCUUCAGACUCCAAUGUCCCAAAGUCAUGUACACAUACACUUCAAGCAUCCUCAUCACCCCUCGGACAGUCCCGCCCCCUCCCCUGCUCACCUUCGUGGGUCAGUUGCCAGAGGGAGACCAGGUGAGGAUGCAGUGCUCCGCCCCGGUGUCCUGCUCCAUCCUGCCCCCCUCCCUCACCUGGUCCCCCCGGGACAGCUCCAGACGGGAGGAGUCACAGAUGCUGAAGGACGAAGGCGGGCUAAUAACCUUGGAGUCCACGAUGACCUUCACUGCCUCUGCCGACCAUCACAACCAGAAAUUCAGCUGCUCCGCCAUCUACCCGCUGUCGGCGGGCGGCAACAAGACGUCCAUCAAAACUGUGACACUCAGCAUCCUGUAUGCUCCUAGAUUCACCAAUGCAACGCUCAACACAUCCGGUCCCGUUUCCGAGAGAGAAACUGUGACGUUCAUAUGUUUGAGUGACGCCAACCCUCCUGUGACAAACUACACCUGGUUCAGAUACAACGGCGGGGAGCUCACCAGGAUUGGACAAGGACAAAUGAUGCUCCUGGUCAACCCGAAGGACAGCGGGGAGUAUCUGUGUGAAGCUCACAGUUCGAGGGGCUCUGACACGAGCAAACCUGUGUUGCUGGAGGUCACCACCACCACCACCACCACCACCACCACCACUCAAUAUGCUCCUAGAUUCACCAAUGCGACAAUCAACACGUCCGGUCCCGUUUCCGAGAAAGAAACUGUGACGUUGACGUGUUUGAGCGACGCCAACCCUCCUGUGACAAACUACACCUGGUUCAGAUACAACAGCGGGGAGCUCACCAGGAUUGGACAAGGACAAACGAUGCUCCUGGUCAACCCGAAGGAAAGCGGGGAGUAUCUGUGUGAAGCUCACACUUCGAGGGGCUCUGACACGAGCAAACCUGUGUUGCUGGAGGUCACCACUACUCAAUAUGCUCCUAGAUUCACCAAUGCAACGAUCAUCACGUCCGGUCCCGUUUCCGAGAAAGAAACUGUGACGUUGACGUGUUUGAGCAACGCCAACCCUCCUGUGACAAACUACACCUGGUUCAGAUACAACAGCGGGGAGCUCACCAGGAUUGGACAAGGACAAACGAUGCUCCUGGUCAACCCGAAGGAAAGCGGGGAGUAUCUGUGUGAAGCUCAAACUUCGAGGGGCUCUGACACAAGCAAACCAGUGUUGCUGGAGGUCACCAUCACUCAAUAUGCUCCUAGAUUCACCAAUGCGACGAUCAACACGUCCGGUCCCGUUUCCGAGAAAGAAACUGUGACGUUCACAUGUUCGAGCGACGCCAACCCUCCUGUGACAAACUACACCUGGUUCAGAUACAACAGCGGGGAGCUCACCAGGAUUGGACAAGGACAAACGAUGCUCCUGGUCAACCCAAAGGAAAGCGGGGAGUAUCUGUGUGAAGCUCACACUUCGAGGGGCUCUGACACGAGCAAACCUGUGUUGCUGGAGGUCACCAUCACUCAAUAUGCUCCUAGAUUCACCAAUGCGACGAUCAACACGUCCGGUCCCGUUUCCGAGAAAGAAACUGUGACGUUCACAUGUUCGAGCGACGCCAACCCUCCUGUGACAAACUACACCUGGUUCAGAUACAACAGCGGGGAGCUCACCAGGAUUGGACAAGGACAAACGAUGCUCCUGGUCAACCCAAAGGAAAGCGGGGAGUAUCUGUGUGAAGCUCACACUUCGAGGGGCUCUGACACGAGCAAACCUGUGUUGCUGGAGGUCACCACCACUCAAUAUGCUCCGAGAUUCACCAAUGCGACAAUCAACACGUCCGGUCCCGUUUCCGAGAAAGAAACUGUGACGUUGACGUGUUUGAGCGACGCCAACCCUCCUGUGACAAACUACACCUGGUUCAGAUACAACAGCGGGGAGCUCACCAGGAUUGGACAAGGACAAACGAUGCUCCUGGUCAACCCAAAGGAAAGCGGGGAGUAUCUGUGUGAAGCUCACACUUCGAGGGGCUCUGACACGAGCAAACCUGUGUUGCUGGAGGUCACCAUCACUCAAUAUGCUCCUAGAUUCACCAAUGCAACGAUCAACACGUCCGGUCCCGUUUCCGAGAAAGAAACUGUGACGUUGACGUGUUGGAGCGACGCCAACCCUCCUGUGACAAACUACACCUGGUUCAGAUACAACAGCGGGGAGCUCACCAGGAUUGGACAAGGACAAACGAUGCUCCUGGUCAACCCAAAGGAAAGCGGGGAGUAUCUGUGUGAAGCUCACACUUCGAGGGGCUCUGACACAAGCAAACCAGUGUUGCUGGAGGUCACCACCACCACCACCACCACCACCACCACCACUCAAUAUGCUCCUAGAUUCACCAAUGCAACCAUCAACAAGUCCGGUCCCGUUUCCGAGAGAGAAACUGUGACGUUCACGUGUUCGAGCGACGCCAACCCUCCUGUGACAAACUACACCUGGUUCAGAUACAACAGCGGGAAGCUCACCAGGAUUGGACAAGGACAAACGAUGCUCCUGGUCAACCCGAAUGACAGCGGGGAAUAUCUGUGUAAAGCUCAGAGUUCGAGGGGCUCUGACACGAGCAAACCAGUGUUGCUGGAGGUCACCACCACCACCACCACCACCACCUCCACCACCUCCACCACCACCACUACUCAACCCACAGGCAGCAGUGAGGGUUCGGUGAUGAUUCCCUACAGUAUCUGUGGAGCCGUGUUGCUUCUCUACGUCCUGACUGUUGCUGUCGAUUUGUACAAGUAUCAAAGUCUUUCCAAGAGGCUGCUGAAGAUUGAACAGAAGGGGGAAAACACCCCCGAUCUGCAGUCCUCCAGUGUCUCCUCCGAAUAUGACCAACUCCAGCCUAAACAAAGUCCAUCUCCUGAAGAUCCCGACUUUGACAGCAUCGCCAUGGAGACCACAGUCAAAAAUCUGGCAGAGCCAAAUCAGACCUGAGGGUCUGGGAUAAAGAUUUCAUUCAAGUUGUUUAUAUAUAUAUAUAUAUAUAGUGCAUUUGUCCAUAAGUUUUGAAUUUUAAAAGGUAUAACUAGAUUUUGUGCAGAUUCAAGUAUAUUGGCUCCACAUUCUUUAGCUUCUUAUUACAAGGAUUCUUUGAAACCUAUUUCUAUUAAACACAAUUAAUUUUUUGUGACUGAACCAUCACUUGUAAUUCUGCUGUAGAUGUCUCACAUAUAUUUUUGUCAUCAAUUCCUGUCAUCAAUCUUUACACGUUUAAAAAAUAUACAAAAGUAAACUAAUCUAUAGAAAUACAUAAACAAAUCACGUUUACAGCAUCAUCUGCGAGUUUAGAGUUUGAAAACACAGAAUGAUGGCGAGCUUCAGAUCACGUCUGCAUCAUUAAGCAACUUCCAUGAUCUGUGACACAUUGUCGGCGGAUUUACUGGUACUGAUGAUUGAUCAACACCAGGAAAACUUAAUGGAACUUAUUUUUUAUCUUUUAAACCACCUUCAUAACGGUGUCAACCAAUCAGAGGUGUCAACAGACCAUCACGUUGUUCCUGACCUAUAUCAUGUGCAAGGGUUUCUUUUUUUUUAAAGGAACAUGAAUUUUGUAAGAAUAGCAAAAUAAAGAAAAUAAGAACAUAAA